AUGACGCUCCGAACGCUCGCCGUCCUGGCGGCGGCCACCACCACCACCCUCGCCGCAGACUUGCCGUCUGAACUCUUCGACUCGUCCAUCGCCGUCAAGCUUCGCGCGACAUAUCAAGCCCAACCACCCGUCCCGUCCCAGUGGCCACAGUACACCUUCCCGAACGGAACAUGGCGCUACUUCGGAGGCAACACAUGGACGACUGGGUUUUUCCCCGCUACGAUGUACGCGAUGGCCGAGCGCGCGGGAUUGUGCCCUGAGCUAGGGUUGAACGCGAGCGAGUGGAUUGAGUAUGGACGGGGAAGUAGUAGUGGAGAGAUCCCUGGGUCGACGUUGAGCGCGACUGCUCAGAGCCAGCUGGAGCAUGAUGUGGGCUUUGUGAGCUUCCCGUUCCAAGCUGAGCUGCUUGUGAGCCCAAACAACGACACGGCCAAAUCAGCCGUCCAAUCCUUCGCCUCCUCCCUCGCCGGCCGCUUCAAUCCCACAGUAGGCUGCACCCGCUCAUGGGACAACACGACCGACGAGACCGACUUCGAAGUCAUCAUCGACAACAUGAUCAACCUCGAGCUGUUCUUCGCAUCCAACGACCUGCAACCGAACCAGACGUUGAUCGAUAUGGCCACGAGCCAUGCGAACAAGACUAUGGUUAACCAUGUCAGGGACGACGGGUCGAGUUUCCAUGUUGUUGAUUAUAAUUCGACGACUGGCGAGGUUAUUGGGCGGAGGACGUCGCAGGGGUAUGCGGAUAACAGUACUUGGUCGCGCGGGCAGGCUUGGGGGAUCUACGGUUUCGCGCAAAUGUACAACAUGACAGGCAUCACGCACUAUCUUGAUACUUCGCGCCGCAUGGCCAAGUACUUCAUCGACAACAUCCCUGAGGAUGGCGUCGUACCUUGGGACUUCAACGCGCCAACCGCAGGCCGUCCCGCUGACACUUCCGCCGCAAUGGUCGCCACCAACGGCCUGCUUCUCCUCUCACAACAAGAAACGAAGGUGAACAACGCCAGUGGCGCGUCUUACUACCAAGGUAUCGCGCAGCAGAUCCUCACGAACACGGUGAACAAGUUCUGGAAGCCUGACUUCCAGAGUUUGCUUUCGAACGGGACGGUGAACAAUCCCGCGAAGCCGCCUAACAACGACACCGGGAUCGUCUACGGCGACUACUACUUCAUCACCGCCGGCAACGAGCUCGUCAAACAAGGCCUCGCAUCCUGCAACGGCAGCAGCACGAACUCCUCCAGCUCAAACUCUACAACUUCGGGCUCCUCGGCCCCAGGAUCCACUUUCUCUCGCAGCGAAAGCGGUUCAGCUCCAGCUUUACUUCUGAAUGGGCAUGCUAUGCUGGCGGCGCUGGUCGGCGCUGGCGUAGCGCUCCUAGCCUGA